AUGUGGGUGAACCCCGAGGAGGUGCUGCUGGCGAACGCUCUGUGGGUGACGGAGCGGGCCAACCCCUACUUCAUCCUCCAGAGGAGGAAGGGGCACGGAGGCGAUGGCGGCGGCGGGGGACUGGCCGGUCUCCUUGUGGGUACUCUUGAUGUGGUGUUGGACUCCAGUGCCAGAGUGGCACCGUACCGAAUCCUCUAUCAAGCACCAGACUCCUUGGUCUAUUGGACUAUUGCCUGUGGUUGCUCAAGGAAAGAAAUCACUGAACACUGGGAAUGGCUUGAACAGAAUUUGUUGCAAACUCUUUCAAUCUUUGAAAACGAGAAUGACAUAAAUACGUUCGUCAGAGGAAAAAUACAGGGCAUCAUUGCUGAGUACAACAAAAUCAAUGGCAUCAAGGAGGAUGAUGAUACAGAAAAAUUUAAGGAAGCCAUAGUGAAAUUCCACAAGCUCUUCGGGAUGCCAGAAGAAGAGAAAUUAGUGAACUACUACUCCUGCAGUUACUGGAAGGGGAAGGUUCCCCGUCAGGGCUGGGUGUAUCUCAGCAUUAAUCACCUUUGCUUUUACUCUUUCCUGAUGGGCAGGGAAGCCAAGUUAGUUAUUCGCUGGGUCGAUAUCACUCAGCUCGAGAAGAAUGCGACGCUGCUCUUCCCUGAUAUGAUCAAAGUGAGCACAAGGUCAAGUGAACAUUUCUUCUCAGUAUUCCUUAACAUCAGUGAGACAUUUAAACUCAUGGAACAGCUGGCCAACAUAGCUAUGAGACAGCUUUUGGACAAUGAAGGGUUUGAACAAGACAGGUCAUUACCCAAACUGAAAAAGAAAUCCCCCAAAAAAGUCUCUGCACUGAAACGGGAUCUCGAUGCCAGAGCAAAGAGUGAGAGAUACCGUGCAUUGUUCCGACUUCCCAAGGAUGAGAAAUUAGAUGGACACACAGACUGUACUCUCUGGACUCCAUUCAACAAAAUGCAUAUUUUGGGUCAGAUGUUUGUUUCUACAAACUACAUUUGCUUUACUAGUAAAGAAGAGAACUUGUGCAGCCUCAUUAUCCCUCUUCGAGAGGUGACAAUAGUGGAAAAGGCAGACAGCUCCAGUGUGUUGCCCAGCCCUUUAUCAAUCAGCACAAAAAACAGAAUGACUUUCCUCUUUGCCAACUUGAAAGACAGAGACUUUCUUGUACAGAGGAUCUCAGACUUUCUGCAACAAACCACUUCAAGAAUAUACUUGGAAAAAAAUAUUUCUGGAAGCUAUAUCAGCUCAGAUGAUGAGGUGUUCACAAGAUCAAGUAGUUUAAUUUCUGCCAGCCCCCAUAAAAGCCUGAGCUCUGAGUCAGAGGGAGAGCGCCAGUUCAAUCUGAACGACAAUGGCAUUCCAACAGCAACUCAGGCUUUGAUGACAAUGUAUCGGCGGCGGUCACCUGAGGAGUUCAACCCUAAGCUGGCUAAAGAGUUUCUGAAGGAACAGGCCUGGAAGAUUCACUUUGCUGAAUAUGGCCAAGGGGUCUGUAUGUAUCGUACAGAGAAAACCAGAGACCUGGUGCUGAAGGGCAUUCCAGAGAGCAUGAGAGGGGAGCUUUGGCUACUGUUUUCAGGAGCAAUUAAUGAAAUGGCCACUCAUCCUGGCUAUUAUGAGGACCUUGUGGAGAAAUCAAUGGGGAAGUAUAAUCUGGCUACAGAAGAGAUAGAGAGGGACCUGCACCGCUCCCUUCCAGAGCACCCUGCCUUCCAGAACGAGAUGGGUAUUGCUGCUCUAAGGAGAGUCUUGACAGCUUAUGCUUUUAGAAAUCCAAACAUAGGAUAUUGUCAGGCAAUGAAUAUUGUCACUUCAGUACUCCUCCUUUAUGCCAAAGAGGAAGAAGCUUUCUGGCUGCUGGUAGCUCUGUGUGAACGUAUGCUGCCUGACUAUUACAACACAAGAGUUGUUGGAGCACUGGUGGAUCAGGGUGUCUUUGAAGAGCUGGCUCGUGACUAUGUUCCACAGCUUUAUGACUGCAUGCAGGACUUGGGUGUAAUAUCCACCAUCUCCCUGUCCUGGUUCCUCACUCUUUUCCUCAGUGUCAUGCCCUUUGAAAGCGCAGUGGUGGUUGUGGAUUGUUUCUUCUGUGAAGGAAUAAAGGUGAUAUUUCAAUUAGCGCUUGCUGUCCUCGAUGCUAAUGUAGACAAGCUGCUUAACUGUAAAGAUGAUGGAGAAGCCAUGACAGUCUUGGGAAGAUAUUUGGACAGUGUAACUAAUAAGGACAGCACUCUUCCACCCAUUCCUCACCUUCACUCGCUGCUCAGUGACGAUGUAGAGCCUUACCCUGAGGUGGAUAUCUUCAGACUAAUCAGGUCAUCUUAUGAGAAAUUUGGGAGUAUCCGAGCAGAUUUAAUUGAACAAAUGAGAUUCAAACAGAGGCUGAAAGUUAUCCAAACCCUUGAAGACACGACCAAGCGCAACGUGGUGCGAACGAUCGUGACAGAGACUUCUUUUACUAUCGAUGAACUGGAGGAACUCUAUGCUCUUUUCAAGGCAGAACACCUGACUAGCUGCUACUGGGGAGGAAACAGCAACGCUAUUGACCGGCACGAUCCCAGCCUGCCUUAUCUGGAGCAGUACAGGAUCGACUUUGAGCAGUUCAAGGGGAUGUUUGCUCUCCUCUUCCCUUGGGCCUGUGGAACCCACUCAGAUGUAUUAGCUGCACGUUUGUUCAGGCUUCUGGAUGAGAAUGGAGACUUGCUCAUCAACUUCCGGGAAUUCGUCUCUGGGCUAAGUGCAGCAUGCCAUGGAGACCUCACAGAGAAGCUGAAGCUGCUGUACAAAAUGCAUGUUUUGCCUGAUCCAUCCCCUGAGCAAGAAGAGCCAGACUCUGCUUUUGAGGCCACUCAGUACUUUUUUGAGGACAUCACACCAGAAUGCACCCAUGUUGUUGGCCUAGACAGCAGGAACAAACAAGGAGUAGAUGAUGGGUUUGUGACAGUGAGCCUGAAAACAGACAAAGGUAUGCAUGGUAGCUCACAAGAGAAUCGAAAUUACCUGAGAAUGUGGAGCCAAGAGAAUAAAUCCAAAGCCAAAAACGCAAAGGACUUGCCCAAACUGAAUCAGGGACAGUUCAUUGAACUGUGCAAGACGAUGUACAAUAUGUUCAGUGAGGACCCCAACGAACAGGAUCUGUACCACGCUACUGCUGCCGUGACCAGCUUGCUCUUGGAGAUUGGUGAGGUUGGUAAGCUCUUCAGCGUGCAGCCCACGAAGGAGACUGACAGCAGCAGCAACCAUUGCAGCAAAGCUAUCCAGAGUGAGCUGUUUCAGAAGAAGGAGCACCAGCAGUACCCCCUCGAGCAGCACAAACCCUUCCAAAGCAGCCUGGUGACCAACGAGGAGGAGGCCGUUUGCGCCGACGGCGCCCUGGGCAUGCAGAUGGAAGACAUCAAGCUGGACGACUCUUCUCCCAGGGACAACGGAGCCUGUUCCUCCAUGCUCAUUUCUGAUGAUGACACAAAAGAUGACAGUUCCAUGUCCUCCUACUCAGUACUGAGCGCAGGCUCCCACGAGGAGGAGAAGCUGCACUGCGAGGACAUCGGCGAGGACACCGUUCUGGUGCGGAGCAGCCACGGCACUUCUCUGCGGAGAAGCACCAGCAUUGACAGAGACUGGGCCAUUACCUUUGAACAAUUUUUAGCCUCCCUUUUGACUGAGCCAGCACUGGUUAGGUACUUUGACAAGCCUGUGUCCAUGAUGGCUAGGAUCACUAAUGCUAAAAACGUGAGGCUGAUGGGUAAACCAAUAACCUCGGCCAGUGACUAUGAAAUCUCUACUAUGUCGGGAUAGCAGGCGGGUCAGGUUUGUAUUUAUUGUUGGGUUUUUUUUCUGCUUCAAUCCUGUAUUUAUUGGUACCUGGCAUUCUUCAAUCCUGUAUUUAUUGGUACCUGGCAGACAGGCCCUG